UCUUCGAUUCCACUCCCCCACCCCCAGCUACCUCCUACCCAGAGGGAACAGGGUAAAAUGCCCCAGGCUUCUCCCAGCUUGGUCCCGGCGGGGGGCUAGCAAACACUUCUGGUCCCAUCGGCUCCUCCCCGUCCUGCGUGCGCCAGGCCGGGGCUUUCCGAGGGAGCUGAAGCCAAAAGGGAGUCGUACCCUCAGCUAUUCCGCGGCGGAGGAUGAGCGGGCCCGGGCCUGGGGCGCGGGGCCUCGUGAGCUUCGCCGAUGUGGCCGUCUACUUCUCCCCGGAGGAGUGGGGACGGCUGCGCCCCGCGCAGAGGGCCCUCUACAGGGACGUGAUGCGGGAGACCUACGGCCACCUGGGCGCGCUGGGAUUUCCAGGUCCCAAACCCGCGCUCAUCUCCUGGAUGGAAGCAGCAGCCUGGGAUUCGGCCGCCGGGUCUCCCGUAAGCUGUGAAGCAGGUAUUAAGAACAUGAACAAAGAGAAUAGGGAAUUGCUUGGAGCUGAGGGAGGACCCGUGGCCAAGAGCCUGGAAGAUGUUGGACAGCCCACAACUAGGACCUGGGAACACAAGGAUCAGCCAGCAAAGCCUUCUGCUUCUUGUCCUGGCCGCCCUCCCACAAGCCCCAGCCUGCUUGCUAAGCUUCCGACUCCCAGGACCGACAAACGCCACGGCUGCAGCAUGUGUGGGAAGCACUUUGCCUGGCGCUCCACACUAGUGGAGCACAUCUACACCCAUACUGGGGAGAAGCCCUUUCGUUGUCCUGACUGUGGCAAAGGCUUCAGCCAGGCCUCUUCACUGAGCAAGCACCGAGCCAUCCACCGGGGAGACCGGCCCCAUCGCUGCCCCGACUGUGGCCGGGCCUUUACUCAGAGAUCAGCCCUCACUACUCACCUCCGUGUCCACACUGGUGAGAAGCCCUACCAGUGUGCUGACUGUGGCCGACGGUUCAGCCAGAGCUCAGCCCUGUCACAGCACCGUCGUGUGCACAGUGGCGAGACGCCCUUCCCCUGUUCCGAGUGUGGGCGAGCCUUUGCCCAUGCCUCAGACCUACGGCGCCACCAGCGUACCCACACAGGGGAAAAACCAUUCCCCUGUCCUGACUGUGGACGUUGCUUUCGGCAGAGUUCAGAAAUGGUUGCUCACAGACGAACCCACAGUGGUGAGCGGCCCUAUUCCUGCCCUGAGUGUGGGAGACGAUUCAGCCAGAAGUCAGCUGUAGCCAAACAUCAGUGGAUCCAUCGGCCUGGUGCCGGGGGCAGAAGUGGCCAGUUGGCUGAGGUACUAUCUAGGCAACUUAUCUCUGUCCGAGGAGACUUGGAUCCCCCCGUGGGGUUCCAGCACUACCCAGAGAUCUUCCAGGAAUGUGGGUGAUGGAUUAAGGAUAUUGGGAUGGGAGCAACCAAAGAUCCGAGCAUGGCCCAAGAUUAGAGCCAGAGUCUGAAAGGAAGAGCCUAGAGAUGAAUAGAUAACCCAUUCCUGGAUGGUUUGAGAAAGCCAGUGUUGUGCAACAGAAUUGUUUUACCAAUUCCCUGAGGGCCUAAUGAAAGAAGAGGUUUAUCUUCUCCCUCCCUUUUGGAGUCUGUUGUUGUUCAAGUAGUGUCUUAACUCUUCUAACCUCAAGGGGCCAUAGAAUACCAAUACUGUUCAUUGGG